AUGGAACAGAAGGAUUUGCGAGAGACGGAAGAAUGGGAGAGAGCUGGAGAGACAGAAGGCGCUGUGGUUGGAAGUCAAGAAGAAGGUCUUCAGGAAGGAGUACUGGAAGAAGAAGAAGAAGAACUGGAGGCAUUGUUGCUGGAAGCCCCUCUGAGUCCUGAGCAGAUAGGGAUGCUUUCAGAAAGUGAGGGCUGCCCAGGAAGAGAACUGAGGGACCAGGACCAAGAAAAUGGGAACAUAAGGGAGGCAGAGCCACACCACACGAAUAAUGCACAGAUCCCCAGUAUCUACAGAAGUCAAGUCCGGGCAGAGGAGCAACAGUGGAAGAGUCAGCUGAGAAGGCGCCAGGCCAAGGAGGCUUCCCAUGAUCCUCCGGGCUUUAUCAACCUUUUGGGGAUCUUGGAGCCCCCUCCUCCUCAACUUCCACCCCCCGCCAGCCGCAGGCCAGUGGAUAAGCCUUACCAUUGCACCGAGUGUGGGAAGAGCUUCUCGCAGAGCUCUGUGCUAAUCGAACACCAGAGAAUCCACACGGGGGAGAGGCCCUUUGUGUGCAAUGUGUGCGGGAAACGCUUCUCCCAAAGCUCUACGCUGAUGGGGCACCAGAGGAUCCACACUGGCGAGAAGCCCUUCACUUGCUUGGAGUGUGGGCGGGGCUUCACCCGCAGCUCUGCCUUGACCGAGCACCAGCGCACCCACACCGGGGAGACGCCCUUCUCAUGCCGGGAGUGCGGGAAGGCCUUCAGCCGCACCUCCAACCUGGUCAAGCACCUGCGCACCCACUCGGGUGAGAAGCCCUACUCUUGCACCCUCUGCGGGAAGCGCUUCUCCCUUAGUUCCAAUCUCCUCAAGCAUGAGCGCACCCACUCGGGGGAGAAGCCCUUCCCCUGCCCGCUCUGUGGGAAAUGCUUCAAGAAGAAGACCCACCUGGUGUCACACAACCGGGUGCACACUGGGGAGCGGCCCUACCGGUGCGAGGAGUGCGGGAAGUGCUUCUCUCAGAGCUCGUCCCUCAUCGAGCACCAGCGCAUCCACACCGGGGAGAAGCCCUACAAAUGCGCCCAGUGCGGCCGAGGAUUCUAUGUCAAUUCCAAACUGGUCAAGCACCAGAGAAUCCACACGGGCGAGAAACCAUAUGCCUGCUCUGCCUGUGGGAAGACCUUCCGGUACAAGCAGCAGUUCCCACGCCACCAAGCCCACGUCCACCCUGGGGAGGACCAUGUUUCUGUGCUCACUUUGGGCACCAGCGUUAAUAUGCUACUCGCAUAG